GUUCUCCUGUCGCGCUCCGCGCUUGUCGUCUGCCUCCAGAGCCCAGUAGGUACGCGGCUACGUUCCCGGGUCCGGGACGGCAGGCCGGUGUCGGGGUGCCGUGGAUCCGGUGGGAGGACAGAGAAGAGCCAUGGAGGAGGUGGUGAUAGCUGGCAUGUCGGGGAAGUUGCCCGAGUCAGAGAACCUGCAGGAGUUCUGGGCCAACCUCAUUGGUGGUGUGGACAUGGUGACAGACGAUGACAGGCGGUGGAAGGCCGGGCUCUAUGGGCUGCCCAAGCGGUCUGGAAAGCUGAAGGACCUGUCCAAGUUCGACGCCUCCUUCUUUGGGGUCCACCCCAAGCAGGCUCACACAAUGGACCCCCAGCUCCGGCUGCUGUUGGAAGUCAGCUAUGAGGCUAUUGUGGACGGAGGCAUCAACCCAGCCUCACUCCGAGGAACCAACACUGGUGUCUGGGUGGGUGUGAGUGGUUCCGAGGCAUCAGAGGCCCUGAGCAGAGACCCUGAGACACUCCUGGGCUAUAGCAUGGUGGGCUGCCAGCGUGCGAUGAUGGCCAACCGGCUCUCCUUCUUCUUCGACUUCAAAGGGCCCAGCAUUGCCCUGGACACAGCCUGCUCCUCCAGCCUACUGGCACUACAGAACGCCUAUCAGGCCAUCCGCAGUGGGGAAUGCCCCGCUGCCCUUGUGGGUGGCAUCAACGUGCUGCUGAAGCCCAACACCUCUGUGCAGUUCAUGAAGCUGGGCAUGCUCAGCCCAGAGGGCACCUGCAGGUCCUUUGAUGACUCAGGAAAUGGAUAUUGUCGCGCUGAGGCUGUGGUGGCAGUUCUGCUGACGAAGAAGUCCCUGGCCCGGCGGGUCUAUGCCACUAUACUGAAUGCUGGCACCAACACAGAUGGCUGCAAGGAACAAGGCGUGACAUUCCCCUCUGGAGAAGCCCAGGAACAACUCAUCCACUCUCUGUAUCAGCCAGCUGGUCUGGCCCCUGAGUCCCUUGAGUACAUUGAAGCCCAUGGCACGGGCACCAAGGUGGGUGACCCCCAGGAGCUGAACAGCAUCGUGCGAGCCCUGUGUGCCUCCCGCCAGGGUCCUUUGUUAAUUGGAUCAACCAAAUCCAACAUGGGACACCCUGAGCCUGCCUCGGGGCUUGCGGCUCUGACUAAGGUGCUGCUGUCCCUGGAGCAUGGGGUUUGGGCCCCCAACCUGCAUUUCCACAACCCCAACCCUGAAAUCCCAGCCCUUCUUGAUGGCCGGCUGCAGGUGGUAGACAGGCCCCUGCCUGUUCGUGGUGGCAAUGUGGGCAUCAACUCUUUUGGCUUUGGAGGUGCCAACGUUCACAUCAUCCUCCAGCCGAACACACAGCAGGCCCCUGCACCUGCCCCACAUGCUGCCCUUCCCCAUUUACUGCACGCUAGUGGACGGACUGUAGAGGCAGUGCAGGGCCUGUUGGAACAGGGCCACCAGCACAGCCAGGACUUGGCCUUUGUGAGCAUGCUCAAUGACAUUGCAGCUACUCCUACAGCAGCCAUGCCCUUCAGGGGUUAUACUGUGCUGGGUGUUGAGGGAGAUGUCCAGGAAGUGCAACAAGUCCCUGCCAGCAAGCGCCCCCUCUGGUUCAUCUGCUCAGGGAUGGGCACACAGUGGCGCGGAAUGGGGCUGAGCCUCAUGCGCCUGGACAGCUUCCGUGAAUCUAUUCUGCGCUCUGAUGAGGCUGUGAAACCUUUGGGAGUAAAAGUGUCAGACCUGCUGCUGAGCACAGAUGAAAGCACCUUUGAUGAUAUCGUGCAUGCCUUUGUGAGCCUCACUGCCAUCCAGAUUGCCCUCAUAGACCUGCUGACCUCUGUGGGACUGAAACCUGAUGGCAUCAUUGGGCACUCUCUGGGAGAGGUUGCCUGUGGCUAUGCCGAUGGCUGUCUCUCCCAGAGUGAGGCUGUGCUUGCAGCCUACUGGAGAGGCCAGUGCAUCAAGGAGGCCCGCCUCCCACCCGGGUCCAUGGCAGCUGUUGGUUUGUCCUGGGAGGAAUGUAAACAGCGCUGCCCCUCUGGUGUAGUGCCUGCCUGCCACAACUCUGAGGACACUGUGACCAUCUCUGGACCUCAGGCUGCAGUGAGUGAGUUUGUGGAGCAGCUGAAGCAAGAGGGUGUGUUUGCCAAGGAGGUGAGGACGGGUGGCCUUGCCUUCCACUCCUACUUCAUGGAAGGCAUUGCCCCCAUGCUGCUGCAGGCCCUUAAGAAGGUGAUCCGGGAACCACGGCCACGCUCAGCUCGCUGGCUCAGCACCUCCAUUCCUGAGGCCCAGUGGCAGAGCAGCCUGGCCCGCACAUCUUCUGCUGAGUACAAUGUCAACAACUUGGUGAGCCCCGUGCUCUUCCAGGAAGCACUGUGGCAUGUCCCUGAGCAUGCCGUGCUGCUGGAGAUUGCACCCCAUGCACUAUUGCAGGCUGUCUUGAAGCGGGGUGUGAAGUCUAGCUGCACCAUCAUCCCCUUGAUGAAGAGGGACCAUAAAGAUAACUUGGAGUUCUUCCUCACCAACCUUGGCAAGGUGCAUCUCACAGGCAUUGACGUCAACCCUAAUGCCUUGUUCCCACCUGUGGAGUUCCCGGCACCCCGAGGGACUCCCCUCAUCUCCCCUCACAUAAAGUGGGACCAUAGUCAGACCUGGGAUGUCCCAGCUGCUGAAGACUUCCCCAAUGGUUCCAGUUCCUCCUCUGCUACAGUCUACAACAUCGAUGCCAGUCCUGAGUCUCCUGACCACUACCUGGUAGACCACUGCAUUGAUGGCCGGGUCCUCUUCCCUGGCACUGGCUACCUGUGCCUGGUGUGGAGGACACUGGCUCGCAGCCUGGGCCUGUCCCUAGAAGAGACUCCUGUGGUGUUUGAGGAUGUAAUCCUUCAUCAGGCCACCAUACUCCCCAGGACAGGGACUGUGCCUCUGGAGGUGCGGCUGCUAGAGGCCUCCCGUGCCUUUGAAGUGUCUGAGAAUGGCAACCUGAUAGUGAGUGGGAAAGUGUACCAGUGGGAAGACCCUGACUCCAAGCUAUUCGACCCCCAAGAAGAUCUGAACACCCCUGAGUCUGCACCGGUCUCCCGCUUGACCCGGGCAGAAGUGUACAAGGAGUUGCGGCUGCGUGGAUACGAUUAUGGCCCUCACUUCCAGGGCAUCUUUGAGGCCAGCCUUGAAGGCAAACACGGCAAGCUGCUCUGGAAAGACAAUUGGGUGACCUUCCUGGACACAAUGCUGCAGAUGUCCAUUCUGGGUGUCAGCCAGCAGAGUCUGCGGCUGCCUACCCGUGUGACAUCCAUCCACAUCGACCCUGCAACCCACCUACAGAAGGUGUACACGCUGGAGGGGGAGAAUCAAGUGGCUGAUGUGACAACAAGCCUCUGUCUGGGCAGCACGGUGUCUGGUGGUGUCCACAUCUCAGGACUGCACACAACAGCGGCCCCACGGCGGCAGCAAGAACAGCUGGUUCCCACCCUGGAAAAAUUCAUUUUCACGCCCCACGUGGAGGCUGAGUGCCUGUCUGAGAGCCCUGCCCUACAGAGAGAGCUGCAGCUGUGCAAGGAUCUGGCACAGGCUCUGCAGACCAAGGCCGCCCAGCACGGGCUGAAGCUGACUGUGCCUGGGCCAGAGGACCCUCCGCAGCACGCACUGCCUCGGCUGUUGGCUGCUGCUUGCCAGCUGCAGCUCAAUGGGAACCUGCAGCUGGAGUUAGGCGAGGCACUGGCCCAAGAAAGAGUCCUGCUGCCAGAAGACCCUCUGAUCAGUGGCCUCCUUAAUGCCCAGGCGCUCAAGGCCUGCGUAGACACAGCCCUGGAGAACUUGCCCACCCUCAAGAUGAAAGUGGUGGAGGUGCUGGCUGGACAAGGUCACUUGUAUUCCCGUAUCCCGCCACUGCUGAACACCCAGCCUAUGCUACAGCUGGAAUAUACAGCCACUGACCAGCACCCGCAGGCACUGAAGGAUGUCCAGGCCAAGCUGCAGCAGUAUGACAUUGCUCAGGGCCAGUGGAACCCUGAGGAUCCUGCGCCCAGCAGCCUGGGUGCACUUGACCUCCUGGUGUGCAACUGUGCAGUGACCACUCUGAGCGACCCAGCCUUGGCCCUGAGCAACAUGGUAGCUGCCCUCAAGGAAGGUGGUUUCCUGCUGAUGCACACAGUGCUCAAAGGUCAUUCCCUUGGGGAGACCUUGGCCUGUCUCCCCUCUGCGGUGCAGCCUGGGCUCAGCUUCCUAAGCCAGGAAGAGUGGGAGAGCCUGUUCUCAAGGAAGGGGCUGCACCUGGUGGGCCUGAAGAAGUCCUUCUAUGGUACUGCGCUCUUCCUGUGCCGCCGAGCCAUGCUGCAGGACAACCCCAUCUUCCUACCUGUGGAAGAUGCCAGCUUCCAGUGGGUGGACUCUCUGAAGAGCAUUCUGGCCACAUCUUCCUCCCAGCCUGUGUGGCUAACAGCCAUGGAUUGCCCUACCUCAGGUGUUGUAGGCUUGGUGAACUGUCUCCGCAAAGAGCCUGGUGGACACCGGAUUCGGUGCAUCCUGCUGUCCAACCUCAGCAGCACAUCUCAUGUCCCUAAGUUGGACCCUGGCUCUUCAGAGCUACAGAAGGUGCUGGAGAAUGACCUGGUGAUGAACGUGUACCGCGAUGGGGCCUGGGGUGCCUUCCGCCACUUCCUGUUAGAGCAGGACAAGCCUGAGGAGCAGACAGCACAUGCCUUCGUAAAUGUCCUCACCCGGGGGGACCUUGCCUCUAUCCGCUGGGUCUGCUCCCCCCUGAAACACGCCCAGCUCACCAGCCCAGGGACACAGCUCUGCACUGUCUACUAUGCCUCACUCAACUUCCGAGACAUCAUGCUAGCCACGGGCAAGCUGUCCCCCGAUGCCAUCCCAGGAAAAUGGGCCAGCCGGGACUGCAUGCUGGGCAUGGAAUUCUCAGGCCGUGAUAGGUGCGGCCGGCGUGUGAUGGGGCUCGUGCCCGCAGAAGGCCUGGCCACCUCAGUCCUGUUGUCGCCAGACUUCCUCUGGGAAGUACCCUCCAGCUGGACCCUGGAGGAGGCAGCCUCUGUGCCUGUCGUCUACACCACUGCCUACUACUCCCUAGUGGUACGUGGGCGGGUGAAGCCUGGAGAGACAGUGCUCGUCCACUCGGGCUCAGGUGGUGUGGGCCAGGCAGCUAUUUCCAUUGCCCUCAGUCUGGGCUGCCGAGUCUUCACCACUGUGGGCUCAGCUGAGAAGCGAGCAUACCUCCAGGCCAGGUUCCCCCAGCUUGACGGCACGAGCUUUGCCAACUCACGAGACACAUCAUUUGAGCAGCAUGUGUUACUACAUACAGGUGGCAGAGGGGUCGACCUGGUCCUCAACUCCCUGGCAGAAGAGAAGCUACAGGCCAGUGUGCGGUGCCUGGCUCAGCACGGUCGCUUCCUAGAGAUUGGCAAAUUUGAUCUUUCUAACAACCACCCCCUGGGCAUGGCUAUCUUCUUGAAGAACGUCACUUUCCAUGGCAUCCUACUGGACGCACUCUUUGAGGAGGCCAACGACAGCUGGCGGGAGGUCGCAGCCCUGCUGCAGGCUGGCAUCCGGGAUGGGGUCGUGAAGCCCCUGAGGUGCACGGUGUUUCCUAAGGCCCAGGUGGAAGACGCCUUCCGCUACAUGGCCCAGGGGAAACACAUUGGCAAAGUCCUUGUCCAGGUGCGUGAGGAGGAGCCAGAGGCUGUGCUGCCGGGGGCUCAGCCCACCCUGAUUUCCGCUGUCUCCAAGACCUUCUGCCCGGCCCACAAGAGUUACAUCAUCACUGGUGGCCUAGGUGGCUUUGGCCUGGAGCUGGCCCGGUGGCUCGUGCUUCGGGGAGCCCAGAGGCUUGUGCUGACUUCCCGGUCUGGAAUCCGCACAGGCUACCAAGCCAAGCAGGUUCGAGAGUGGAGGCGCCAGGGUGUACACGUGCUGGUGUCAACAAGCAAUGCCAGCUCACUGGAGGGGGCUCGUGCUCUCGUCACCGAAGCCACAAAGCUUGGGCCUGUUGGAGGUGUCUUCAACCUGGCCAUGGUCUUGAGAGACGCUAUGCUAGAGAACCAGACGCCAGAGCUCUUCCAGGAUGUCAACAAGCCCAAAUACAAUGGUACCCUGAACCUCGACAGGGCAACCCGGGAAGCCUGCCCUGAGCUGGACUACUUUGUGGCUUUCUCAUCUGUAAGCUGUGGGCGUGGUAAUGCUGGCCAAACCAACUACGGCUUCGCCAACUCUGCCAUGGAGCGUAUAUGUGAGCAGCGCCAGCAUGAUGGCCUCCCAGGCCUUGCCGUGCAGUGGGGUGCCAUUGGUGAUGUGGGCAUUGUCCUGGAAGCGAUGGGCACCAAUGACACGGUCAUCGGUGGCACACUGCCGCAGCGUAUCACCUCUUGCAUGGAGGUGCUGGACCUCUUCCUGAAUCAGCCUCAUGCGGUCCUGAGUAGUUUUGUGCUGGCUGAGAAGAAAGCUGUGGCCCAUGGUGAUGGUGGAGCCCAGAGGGAUCUGGUGAAGGCCGUAGCACACAUCCUAGGCAUCCGAGACCUGGCAGUUAUUAACCUGGACAGCUCGCUGGCGGACCUCGGCCUGGACUCGCUCAUGGGUGUGGAAGUACGCCAGAUCCUGGAACAUGAACAUGAUCUGGUGCUGCCCAUGCGUGAGGUGCGGCAGCUCACACUUCGGAAGCUACAGGAACUGUCCUCCAAGGCUGGCUCAGCUAGUGAGAUGACAGCCUCCAAGAAUGACACAGCCCUGAAGCAGACCCAGCUGAACCUGAGCAUCCUGCUGGUGAACCCAGAGGGCCCUACCCUAACACGACUCAACUCAGUGCAGAACUCUGAGCGGCCUCUGUUCCUGGUGCAUCCCAUUGAAGGCUCCACCACUGUGUUCCACAGCCUGGCUGCCAAGCUCAGUGUGCCCACCUACGGUCUGCAGUGCACCCAAGCGGCACCUCUGGACAGCAUUCCGAACCUGGCCGCCUACUACAUUGACUGCAUCAAGCAGGUGCAGCCGGAGGGGCCCUACCGAGUGGCUGGGUACUCCUUUGGGGCCUGUGUGGCCUUCGAGAUGUGCUCUCAGCUGCAGGCCCAGCAGGGCCCAGCCCCCACCCACAACAGCCUCUUCUUGUUUGACGGCUCACACACCUACGUACUGGCCUACACCCAGAGCUAUCGGGCAAAGAUGACCCCAGGCUGUGAGGCCGAGGCUGAGGCUGAGGCCAUAUGCUUCUUCAUAAAGCAGUUCACUGAUGCAGAGCACAACAAGGUGCUAGAGGCCCUGCUACCACUGAAAAGCCUGGAGGACCGGGUGACUGCUGCUGUGGACCUCAUCACCAAAAGCCACCAAGACCUGGACCGCCGUGAACUGAGCUUUGCUGCCCAGUCCUUCUACCACAAGCUGCGAGCAGCUGAUCAGUAUAAACCCAAGGCCAAGUACCAUGGCAACGUGACACUGUUGCGUGCCAAGACAGGUGGUACUUAUGGUGAGGACCUGGGUGCUGAUUACAACCUCUCUCAGGUGUGCGACGGGAAGGUGUCUGUGCACAUCAUUGAGGGUGACCACCGUACGCUGCUGGAAGGCAGUGGCCUGGAGUCUAUCAUCAACAUCAUCCACAGCUCCCUGGCUGAACCUCGCGUGAGUGUACGGGAGGGCUAGACCUGCCUACCAUGAAGCCACGCUCCACACCCGCCACCAGAGAUGCUCCAACCCCCACACCUAAAUGCAGGAACUGGGGAGGGUCCUGCUGGUGGGACCCCUGCUCCUAGUGGCCCAGCACCAUCCCCUCCCUUGGUGGCUGCUAGAAACAGGACCAUCACAUGUGUCCCAGCCACCUAGUGGGGUUCCCAGAGCCACUGACUUGGAGACACCCUGGUCUGUGAAGAGUCAGUGGAGGCCAGCAGGAGCCAAACUGAGCCUUUUCUGCCACGUGGCUUUCGCCACAUGGUUGUUUCUCCUUAAAUUCUCAUAUUUAUUGCAUUGCUGGGAAAGACCCCCAGGGCUCAUUCUAGAACCCCUUAAAAUGGCAGAAGCCAUGUGGGGCAAAUUCCUGGGAAAGUUUCCAGACCCACCAUACACAGGCUGCUGGCUGGAGCCCCUUUUUAUCCUGGCCCUGGCCCUGCCCACUGCAGGGCAGGGUAUGGAGAGGGCUGGUUCCCGGGGAAUGAGGACCCCAGCAGACACUGUAGCCCAUGCCCUUGGUCCCCAGCACCCCCGGCUGCACCCAUGAUGCAGGGCCAACCUGACCCUGCGGACCGCACCGGGCACUGACUGUAUUUGUUUUCCAAGAAAAGAUUGAAAUUGCUGCUUGGGUUUUGAAUUUGCUGCAGCUGUCAGUGUGAAGAACCAUGUCUGGACUGAUUUUUACACCAGCCUGGUAAAAAUGCUGCUCUUGAUGCUGUGCCCUUCCCACAAUUAAACCGCAUGCGAGCGCUGGCCUCUGUUCAGUCUCUGUCCAGUCCCUGACCUGGGUUUCAGGUUCUAGCACCAUCUGGGGAUUCCUCUACAGUGAAGAGUAAGAGUGUAAGCACGUACUGAUGAGUGUUUCAGCAUAUGCAGCUGGCUAGAGACCUGAACACUGUGGUAUGAGCAGAAUUUGUCCACCUUCAAGUUGCUCUAAGGGCAUCGGCUUAGUUGGUGCCAGGCACUCUAGAGGGAAGCUUGAGCAGGACCUGGCUAGUGCUGCAACUCCCUGGAAGCAGGUGACGUGGCCAGAACAGGGGCCUAACACACAGGGGUAAAGAGUAAAGUGGGUCUCUGAGGUCCCCAAGGAAAGCAGGCACAGCCUAAAGGGCCCACAGGGCAGCCAGCCUGUAUACAUGGGCUUGGGUAAGCCAUGGUGGGUCAAGGGCCAGGAUUAAAGGAGGUCCCCAAGCCUGAGUGAGUGUCCAGGAGACUGUCAGGAAGCAGCGAUACUCUUGUCAAUGGGUGGCGGCAGACGGAGCUGCACCCUGGCCAAUCUAGAGAACCUUCAAUAGGGCCCAAAUAGGGUGCUCAUAAGGAUCUAUCCCAGUCAGAGUAGUUAGACCAAGACUGACAAGCAUCUGGUUAGCUCUAGUCCCACCUAGAAAAUUCUUUAAAAGCUCUUUGUUGUCAUGGCAUGCACCUUCUUAGGAAGGACCUGCCCCAUCUCUAGUGUCUGGGUUACCCAGCUGAAGUCUAGUGACAAAAAGGAAUGGAUUUAUAAACUAGCCUGGAGAGGCCUGACUCCCUCACACUGCUUUGUGAUCCUCAGGGGCUCACGUGAUGGUAUAUAAGUCCAUUUUGUGACCAGCAAUAAAAUCCUGAGACUCCUUAA